UGCGUUUACUAACACUUUUGCAUUAAAACUAGGUUCUCUGUUUUUAUUAAAGUUUUGACCAAUCUUUUUGGAUAAAAAAGCCUACGAUGGCGCCACAGCCGGUGGUAACAGGGCUUUCCCCGAAGGAGGGACCUCCUGGCACCCGCGUCAUCAUCCGCGGCGAGUUCCUGGGCACUCGGGUGCAAGAUCUAAUCGGCCUAAAAAUCUGCGGCUCCGAUUGCCUACUGUCCGCGGAAUGGAAGUCGCCCAACAAAAUUAUAGCUCGAACAGGUCCGGCGAAGGGAAAGGGCGACAUCAUAGUGACCACUUUGAGCGGCGGAGUGGGCACGUCGACUGUGCAAUUCCGUGCCUACCACGAAACCAUUGGUCCACUGAAAGAGUCAGCCGUGUGGAUCGAGGAAUCGCCUUCGCAGAAUUUUGCCUGGGGUCGUCGCACUCUGGCCCAAUCCGGCCUGACGCAGGAAGACCCCCUCGGCCUGUCCAUCGAGGGAAACGAGCAGAAGAUCCCCGAGGACUUGCGUGACCUGUUUCCCGAGGCCUGCGGCGAUCUGUCGCAGGAGCACUUCUCACCUGCCUGGUUCCUCUUGGAGAACCACCUGGCCACCUCCUUCGAGGACCUCAAGGCUGGCCUGUCCUACUUGAAGCGCAAGGUGGAGAGCCAGAAGGAGGGGCAGCUAUCCUUCCUUAAAUCAAAUGCGGGCUCUGUGAUCGACCAGCUCGACACACUGAUGAACAUUCGGGACAAGCUGCAGGAGGAUGUCAAGCUGCACGGCAACGAGACCCUGAAUAUCCUGGAGUCCUCGAUAGAGAACUCAAUCACUGAAUCGCAGAAGAUUUUUACCGAUGUGCUGGUGCGCAAGGAGAAGGCCGAUUCCACGCGGUCCGUUCUCUUCGCCCUGUCGCGACACAAAUUCCUCUUCUGCCUGCCCAACUCGGUGGAUCGUCGCGCCAAAGCGAGCGAAUACGACAUCGUGGUGAACGACUACUCGCGCGCCAAGAAUCUCUUUGGCAAGACUGAGAUCCCCAUAUUCCGCAAGGUGCUCGAGGAGGUGGACCAGAGAAUUCUGUCCAUUCGAAAGCAGUUGCACGAGAAAGUGGUCAAGAUGCCACAGAGUGUGGAGCAACAGAAGAAGUUGAUCAUGGCGCUGAUCAGUUUGGAGCUGCAGCAGAGCGGCACCCCGAUCGGCGAUAAGCUGCGCCUCGUCGAUCCCGCGUGGGAUGCCAUCGAAGCCAGGGCCAAGUACCUGGAGGCCACCUUCCGCCAGACCUUCGACCAGCACGCCAACAAGGACUCAGGUGCGCAGGAGAAGUCCAAGAGCAGGGACCCCAGCCAGGCUCCCAACCGGGUGAACUUUUGCGAGGAGCUAUGCGAUAUCGCCGCCUCCCAGCUGCCGGAUUUGUGGCGUCUGGGCCAGCUGUACUUCACCGGAGAGCUGCGCGGCCCGCACGAUCCCAAACCAGGCGACUUUAAGCGGAUGAUACUGAACGCCAUCGAGAAGUUCUGCGUUUACCUGAGGCUGGCUGUCCUGAUUGCCACCGAUCAGCGCGCCCUGCGUCAGUCCAGCGGCUUGUCCUGGCCCAUUGGCUCUGCUUCGGCCACGCACCAGUUCCUGCCGUGGAUCCCGCAGUGCCUGCGCUACACGAGGAUCGCCUACGCCACGCUCAUAAGCUUGGAUCUGCCCUCGGAGGCGCUUGACAUUAUCCAAAAAUUGAUAGACGAGGUGCGCCUCUUCUGCUUCUCGAUCAUCUUCAAGCGGGCGACGGACCGCUGCAAGAAGCUGGGCAGCCAGGAGACCUGGGAGCUGGGCGUGGAGGAGUACCCAGGCGCCACGCUGCUCCCCGCCGCCCUGGAGGCCCUGCUGAUCGAAACGCUGGACGAGGUGCAGUCCGUGUGCAUGCAGCGCGAGACGCGGGAGGGCAAUCUGCUUGAACCGCAGUCAGAUGGCCAGCGGGAGGUGACGCAGCGGCUCCAGGAGUUUCUGUCCGCCUUUAGCGCGGUGAUCGAGGAGCUGGCCUUUCACUCGCACGACGAGGAAACGCCCACCCACAAUGUGUCGCAGUUGCUCGGGUUUCCAAACUCCCAGCAGCCUGAUUCGGUGGCCGGUAGCGGCGGAGGAGCGGCCGUUACCUGGGAGCAGCGAAUGCUCUGCUGCCUGGCCAAUUACGCGUACUGCAACAAGAGCUUCUUCCCGCGCCUGGGCGAGAUCUUCGUGCGCUACGGCUACCCACUGCCCACGCUGGCCAUCGAAACGGCGCGGUACACGGUAAACCAGCUGUUCACCAACCUGCUGGAGGAAUACGUGGAACACAAGGGCGACCCGCUGGUGGGCACCAUCGAGCCGUCCAUGUACUUGGGUCGCUUCCAGUGGGACCACGAGAUGGAGAUCGGCCAGUUGCGUCCGUAUGCGCACGAAUGCUGCGACAACCUGGUGGGUGUCUACUCCGAGAUUUAUAGCAUCUCGCCGGCCCUGCUUCGUCCGAUCCUGGAAUCUAUUGUGCAGACGAUUUCCGAGGAGCUGGCCCGGCUGAUGAGCUGCGUCCAGCGGUUCAGCUUCACGGGAGCCAUACAGGCGCACGUCGACAUCCGGCUGCUGAGGGACUCCCUGGAGGGAUACGUCAACGAGACUGCUAAGAACUACUUCAUGGAGGCUUUGGAGGCCAUCAAUCCUCCUUUGAGCAGCGAGCAGAAGCGCAAGGCGGACGAGAUUCUGGAGCGGGUGAAGCGGAACAUGCGGCUGCAGCUGCUCUGCUUCAGUGUGAAGGAUCCCUAGGCACAUUCCACUGCGCCACGCAGUCAAUGUAGAUAGCUUACAAUAAACUAGCUUGUGAUUCCCCGUGUUCCAGGGAUAAACCUUUA